ACACCACAGACAGGGCGGAAAUGGCGUCAUUGCACAUCGUCAAGAAAACUCUUCCUGGGAAAGUGUCAGUCCGAAAGACGGACUUAUUGCCCUGCCCUGCCGACAGCUUCAAGUCGGAAGACAAUGUACUGCUUCGCGGUCCCACGCGGCGGAUUUGUCUGGUUUGCAAGUCUAAAUCCUCGGCAUAUGCCUGCCCCCGUUGUAGCACGCCUUAUUGCUCCGCAGUUUGCUACAAAGGGCACAAUCAGGAAUGCACGGAAGGUUUCUACCGGCAUCACGUCGAGGAAGUAAUACGUCUUCGUCAGGCGGAGGAGGUUGGAGCAGGCAUACCUCCCGGGGGCAAGGCGGCGAAACUUGCCACGAUCAACGCUUUAAGGCGCGUCCGACUACAGGCUGAUGAGACGGAAGCAUUUUGCUCUGGCGUGGGAGGCGAUCGCCUGGAGGAGUUGUGGGCACGGAAAGACUCGUUGGACCUAGAAGCGUUAACACGGGAAGAGCAACGCGCCUUUUUAGCGUCGGUGGCAAACGGGGAUUUGUCGAGAGACAUUGAGAUUUGGACACCGUGGUGGACCCAGGGAGGAGUGUCUGAGGGAGGUCAGCCGUUGGUGAGGGUGGAGAGAGACGGUCUUGGGUCCGACGGGGGAAACAGCCAAGGCGGGAAAGGAGGCGCUACCUCCGAUAGGCCGAUAGAUUUCACGUCUUUGCACGAAGAGCUCCAGCGUCUGAAAAAGAGGAUGGGUUUUCCCGUCCAAAGGCCUUUCCUCACCUCCAGUGUCUCUCCACAUCUCCCUUACCAUCUACUCGACAUUUUGUUCGCCUACACUUGCGUCCUUCGCACGUACAAUGGGGCUUGCGGCCUCGUCCCGGAAGAUGCAGCCGACGACCUCCUCGCUCUCUCGCCCGUUUUGCGUUACCGUCUUCGGACGGGAGCGGAAGCGGGGCUGGUCCGACUCGAGUCCGCGCGCGGGGCGCUUGCCAGUUCCUUGGAGGCACUGCGGCGAUGGCAAUUGCUGCAGGGUCCUGCGCCCUGCGCUUCGUCUACUGGAAUGUCGAGCUCGUUGGCCAUGGGAUUGGCCGCGGGUCGGGACGUGGUGUUGCUCCUGGAGCACAAGGUGAAGACACAGGCGGCUUUGGUGGAUGCUUGCCGCUUAAUGCGGGCGGCAUUGCGGGAGGCACUCGCCCAGGGGGCGCCGAAAGCAGAGAUCGAGGGGCAGGAGAAGCCCGGCGGGGAAGUUGACGAGCUUCAUUCAUUGACCGAAAAAUUGAGGCAGCUCGCAUCGGGUAAGACAGCCGAAGACUUGGGGAAGGAGGGGAGAGCGAAAGCGCGGCAUGGGGGAAAGCGGUGGUUACGGGCCUGGCACAAGCUACGCUUCUUCUUGGAAUGGUCUUGUUCAUGGGACGGAGAGCAUCAUGAGGACGGACAGGAGGUAGUAGGGCGAGCUUUCCGUACGAAGUUUGAACAGGCUUUGCAUGAACACGAGCUGUUGCUCGUUCGAGGUGAAGUUUGAGGAAGGAAGAAGGGUACGACGGACGUUCUUUGAGAGAGUCACACGCUUUAUAGACCACAGUUGACAGUGUACGAAGUGUAAAAUGCCAUGAACAUAAAGGGAAAUUUGAGGAACAUGACAAUGUUGUGGAAUGUGUGGAGGACACUACUGAAUAUGAUGGGACAGUCGCUCUUAAACGUUCACAAAGAAUUCCAUGACUUUCUUCUUGUCCGAGAUAUUUCAUGCAU